AUGAGUAGGGGGCGUAAACACAAGGACGACGAUGAUCAGGAUGGGGACUGGGCGACGGAGUACUACAAAGAGCAACAUCUGGAACACCAAGGCUGGUCGGUACUUUUCAAGCCAUCGGUCAUUGGUGCCACCUUGGCUGUGGCCGGGCGAAUCGUUAUAUGGCCACUUGCGCUGUUUAUAGUGUUCUUGUCCACUGGAUACCUCUCGAAGGCGACAGUUCUCAAGCCUGUCGAACAAAGUAUCUUCGCAUUCAGCGAGAAUGAUCUGACGAUGGCUGCUGGAUGUACUGGUUGCUUAGGUCCCGUUAAGAUCUGCAUGGUUAAGUACAGUUUGCUUGGACAAGAUGCGAUCAUGAGUGCGACGACGUUCAAGGACUUCGCGGGCCGCAAAGCGGACGAGUCGCUGUAUGAUUUCAGCGUGUUAACCGAAGAAAACCUCGCAGUCGGAGCACGGUUGGAUGCCAAUGGAGCAACUUGUCAAAGUGGCGUCAACGAAUUCGGAGCCAUGACAGUAGCUGUUGCGAGCACUGCUAGAGAUAUCCUAGACCUCGUCUUGACAAUGAAUAUUAGUAUCGCGCCGCAAAUGAUGCGCGAGAUCGAAAUCGCAGUGGAAGGCAAAGCUCCGUGCGAGUCGGGGUGGAAUAUCCACGGUGUUUCACGGCUGUACAUGUAUCCAACGACCAAGGGGAGCGCCAACUUCGCAAGUAUUCCAGCGAUGGACGUAAAUUUAUGGCCCGACUACACUGAAUGCCGUCCUGAUGUGCCUAUGAGUGAUAAUCUGGUAGGCUCCAAGUUGGCGCUCGCGACCGAUGGUGAAGAUCUCUUAGCUGUCGUACCCGACAUAUUAAAGCUGUUCCCUUACAACUUUGACAGUAGUCUACCCCCGGUUUCGCGGGUCGUCGCUGCAGGACCUACCAAAUAUGGCUUUCCUACUGUGCUACAAGGUCUUAUGAGAGCAUACUAUGGAGGCUGCCGUGUACGCGCUGUCAAUACUUCCGGCGUCUACGUGGAAGACACGUGUGGGAUUUCAAAGCGGUGGCUCUCGUAUGGACUCAUGGUACACGCUCCAGACGACAUUCCGUUCUGCACUACCGGCGACAUUUGCAUUCGUAACUUGUACAACUCACUGUGGGAGUGGCGGCCGUACGUUUUCCCGGAAAGACCAGAACGUCUCGCCAUGUUCCUCAAUACUUUCCGAAGUCGGUACGCUGACAAGGUCGCCUUAAGCGUGCUACCAGGAGUUGUCGUGAUGCAAAUGCUCCUUAUGGGUGUCAUCAGUCUCUACCAAGUGAUGUCGCACAAGCGAUCAGUUCUUCUAACGCAGGUGUGGGCCUAUCGCUGCCAGAAUGGUCGCAUGCAAGUGGUCUACCUGGCACAAGUCACGUACCACAUCAUUUACAACUCGGAUCUGUACAUGAUCGGGCUUGGAACGGGCACAUUAACUACUGAAUCUGUGGUGAACUUGACAUGCUCCAUCUUCGCAUUCUCCUACGCUUUCGUGAACUUGGCUAAGGCGCGUUCCGGGGAUCAGCAAUUGGAUCGCCACUUCCGUCUCACGUGGGAAACGAUGCAGAUUGUCAUCACGUCUGGUGUGGCUGUGUUUCUACUGUCUCUACAAUCGUCACCGCUAGAGUUCCUCAUCUCGAUGAACAGUGAACUACUACGAAAGACCUCGACCAGAGGCGCCAAAUACUGCGGUUUAAACGACGCAUGUCUAGUCUUCAAGAUGAACUUGAUCAUCUUCAUUGUCAUUUUUUCUAUCGGUCUUGGUCUUGUGGCUGCGAUAACGUCAUUCGUCAUUAAGCGUUCAAGUCCAAGGGUGAAAAGUGUAGUGCGCUCGGCUAGACUUUCUCGCAUCGGACAAAGCAGCAGCAACGUAUUGAGCAAGGCUGGUGGGUCCACACUAAAGCAAGGAGAGCAUGACCAACUCACCUCGUUCGAGAGAAAUUGUCUGGGCUCGAAGUUCAACAAACUCUUCCGCGAUUGCGAUGAUAUGGCAUACGUCAUGUACAAGGGCAAGCGUUGCACGACGGUCGAAGCGCUGCUACUCACGGGUUAUCUAUACUACGGCGACCAUAUCUACCAGGCGUCCUCUGUCAUGAUGUUGCUAGUAGCACGUCUAUUACCUCGAAAGAUGCUUCGUACCUUUAACGUGCUGCUUCUACGAUGGUACUUGGACAAACGAACAGGAAUUCUCAGUGAGGUCGUUUCGUGCACAUGGUAUGCUGCUAGCAAGGAGAACCACAAGCUGGCGGGUGCUACACCGGUGGCGUGA